UUGUAUAACGGGACACCAGGCGGAAGUGCUUUGUUUCUUAAAGCCAUGCCAGGAGCGUUUUGCGUGUUUGUGUCCCAGAUAAAUAUUUUUACGGUGUCGAAGUAACAAUGUCUGGAGCUGAGAGUUUCAGAGAGUUGAUCAUCGAGCGACUAACUGCUGCUGCUGAAGAAAUAUUCGGACUUUUUCAAAGAACUGUCGUCCAGUACGAGAAAGAGAUCGAUCGUCAGCGCAGACUGCUGGAUAUCACCUGGAAACCCGAGAUAGAGUUACACAGAACAGACCUUCCACAUAAACAUGUCUGCACAGAGGAGGAGGUUCCCACUGAGCAGCAGCUCUGUAACCAGGAGAGGAACUCCAGCCUGGACCAGGAGGAACCAGAACCUCCGCAGGUUAAAGUGGAACACGUUGAACACCGCAGCAUUCAGCAGGGAGAAUAUGCUGCACUGAAGCAGGAGACUGAUUACUACAUGGUGACUCCUAUUGAUGAGGAAACGGAGCCCAGUAAACCAGAACCAAACAGUGACCAGCUCCUCUCUCACAACAAACCUGUAGCCGAGAGACCGAAUCAGGAAGGAACGAAACAUGUGAACUCAGGAUCGACUAGAAACGCGGAGCUGAAGCCAAAGAGGAGACGAAACAGAGGCACAAGUCACAGUAACAAUGUAGACACCGCUCCCACGUUAGAGAGUUGGCGUGGAGCCGACAGGGGUAAAAAGUAUUUAACGUGUGACAUUUGCGGAAAAGCCUUUCAAUUUGAGUCUGUGUUGAAGAUACAUUACAGAACCCACACGGGAGAGAAGCCGUAUUGCUGUAAAACAUGUGGUAAAAGUUUCACGCGAUAUCACAGUUUGACGUUACACGACAGGAUUCACACAGGCGAGAGGCCGUACCAUUGCAAAAUAUGUGGGAGAACUUUCAUUCAGUUUGGGAAUCUUAAUUUGCACAUGCGGACUCACGCAAAUGGUAGAAUGAGAUGUCGGCGUCGACAGGAUUUGUAGAGGACGGCUUUACGAGCGCCUUUAUUUCUAAACUUAAAUGUUGUGUAGGAGCCCCAGGGCCGGAGAAGAUGAGACAUAACCACUCUGUGUUUUAGUGGUGAGAGUUAAAAAGAAAAAGAAAAUGUGUGGCUAAUAAAACAACUCUUUCACAAAAUGUACCAACAUGUUUAGAAACUGACAAUGUAUCAGUGACUUUAUUGCAUGUCAACAUUGUCAAAUUGUGUGAGGUUGGUAAACCACCACAAACUGGACUGGAGUAUGGAACAAAAGAUUAAACUGAAACUCUAAAUUUUA